GUUUAAAAUUUGAAAUUUAGAAGUUUUUUUGGAAAUUAAAAAUUCCGCUCAAUUUUCCAAACGGAUUCGCACGCUGGAAUAAAAAAUGACAGAAGUUGAAAAAUCUCGAAGCGGCCGAAUAGUGAAGCGAAAAGUGUUUGCCGAUUUUCAACAACUCGAUGACGACUUGAAAUCAAUUACAACGGAGGAAUUAAGAGAGAGCGCCAGCGAAUCGAAGAAACUUCGUCUUGGACCAACUAGAAGAUCUUGUCGCAAUAUUCCGACAAAUUACGAAGAAUUAAAAGCGAAAACUGAUGCCGGAAUUAUUCCCGAAACAGUUUAUUAUCGAGCAUCCAACAAUUCGAUGUACAUUCCUUCAAUUACAGCCGAUAUGCUCAAGAAUGAUGGAAAUGAUUUGACUGUGCAAACACGCUCAGACAAGUAUUUUAAGUACAAUCGGGUCCGCCAAUCUACAAAAAUCGAUUACGCGGAGCCUGAAAAAGUGUACGAUAUUAUAUAUGCAGUUCGGAAAAGGCCUAUCCUAUGGGAUCAACGCCUGAUUUGUCAUCGGAAUUCGAAUUUGUCUCGCCGUGCUUGGGAUCAACUCGACUUGGAACUUGGAAUAGAUGAAGAGUAUCCAUUGGCUCGGCGUAAACAAAUCUGGAAGAGUAAAAGAGAUUAUUUCGUAUCAGCGGUGAACGCCGCCAAUCUGAGAAAAUGGAUUUAUGCAGAUGCAUUAGAGUUCUACCGUCCAAUGAUAAAUUUCCGAACGACAUUCUGUCUCCGUCCAACCGUCGCUCAGCCAUCUCAAAGUGUUCAUGAUAAAUUAGUAUUGGCUGAUAAGAAUAUCCAAUGCACACCUGGUGAUAAGAAAAAUGUUCUGACAUUUCUUCUAAAAUCUCUCUACGACACCGGAAUGUCGAGUCCCGAAAUGAUGGCUGAGCAUGGACUGGAAAUUCUGAAAAUUUUCAAGAAAAACGCAGAGUCUAGCAAUUUGAAACUCAAUUAGCCACCCGCCACGUUUUAUUAAUUUUUAUCACAUAUUUCUCAUUUUACUGCAUUUUGUUAUACUUCUCGACUUUUCGAAUUUUUAAUAAAACAUAAAGUACGAAUUUAUUAACUGAUUUUUU